ACCCGUUAAAAACCGCGCGCACUAUCAUUCAUGCUUUAGACGUUUACGGACGAGCCGUGGCGCGUGCAGCAUGGCUGGAAUCGCCGUCGUUCAUCACGGCCGAAACGACUGCUCGCCGGCGGAUCAGCGCUCGAACUGUACGGAUCGUUACGCGCCCGCUCAGCUGGACGACGACGAGGAACUUUUAAAGUACAUAUGGAGGGAAUACCUGCACCCCAAGCAGUACGAGUGGGUCUUAAUAGCGGGAUAUAUCGCGGUGUUCCUGCUCUCUCUGAUCGGAAACGCGCUCGUCUGUUUUGCUGUCUGGAAAAAUCAUCACAUGCGCACUGUGACCAACUACUUCAUUGUGAACCUCUCCUUUGCCGACAUUCUGGUCACUAUCACUUGCCUUCCUGCGAGCCUGGUCGUGGACAUCACCGAAACGUGGUUCUUGGGCGACAUGCUGUGCCGAAUAUUACCUUAUUUUCAGACCAUCUCUGUGUCCGUGUCCGUGCUGACCCUCAGCUGUAUUGCUCAGGACCGCUGGUAUGCUAUCUGCCACCCUCUCAAGUUUAAGAGCACGGCCAAAAGGGCACGCAAGAGCAUCAUCCUGAUCUGGCUGGUGUCCUGCGUGAUAAUGAUCCCGCAGGCUGUUGUCAUGGAAUGCAGCAGUCUAUUGCCUGAGCUUCUGCCUGAACUCACCAACAAGACCAUCCUCUUCACCGUGUGUGACGAACACUGGGGAGAUGAGAUCUAUCCCAAGAUCUACCACACCUGCUUCUUCAUCGUUACCUACUUCGCUCCACUGUGCCUCAUGGUCUUGGCAUACAUCCAGAUUUGUCAUAAGCUUUGGUGUCAACAGAUUCCCGGGACGUCGUCAGCGCUGCAGAGGAAGUGGAAAUCACUGCAGUGUUCGGCUCAUUCUGCAGGACCCGGCGAGUCCGUUAAGGUCAGGACCAGCGCUGUGUCGGCCGAGAUCAAGCAGGUGAAGGCUCGGCGGAAGACAGCUCGCAUGCUGAUGGUGGUGCUCUUCGUCUUCGCUCUCUGUUACCUGCCCAUAAGUGUUCUCAACAUCAUGAAGAGGGUAUUUGGUGCUUUCAAGAACACAAACAACAGAGAGACAGUGUACGCCUGGUUCACCUUCUCCCACUGGCUCAUAUAUGCCAACAGCGCAGCCAAUCCCAUCAUCUAUAAUUUCCUCAGCGGUAAAUUUCGGGAGGAGUUUAAAGCGGCGUUCAGCUGUCGCUGCUCUGGUGGUGGAGGCACAAAGGAACGAGCGAGGACCAAAAUGAGCACAGACAGCCAUAAAUCCCUAUCCACACAAGUGAGCCAUUUCGACAACGUCUCGCGUAUUUCAGACCAGGUCGUGUAAUUCUGACCCAGGAGGGCUAAUCUCCUCGUCUCUCCACUUCACUGGCUGUGACUGCUUGUUAGAGGACAAAGCACUGCUGGGGGAGACUUCAAAAGCCCCCAUCAUGCUCUGACUUUCCCUUUUUAAUACACUGAUGGCUUCAACAAAGACCUAUUUGAUCCAGAGAAUUACCCAUGACGCUGAAUACGAGACGGUGUCUCAGUGAAGAGCAUGAGCAGCCAGCAGUACUGCAUGUCUUCUAUCAUAGCCAAGGGAAUGUUUUAUUCCUGCUCUGUUGCAUCAACAAGUCAUGAGAUAAUCCACAGGAAUAUUGUUUACAGAAAUUCCUGUGGCUCUGAUGUUUUCAGUUUUCUGUCUGUCUUGUUGGUAGUGAGAAUGGGACCGCUGAAGUAUUACUGCCACAGUGUUACACAUACAAAUCACUAUGGCUGCUAUGUGUCUGUAUCAUUCACAGCAGUCCAGGCUGGAAACACAUGACUACAGGCCUGGCUUUACACACUGAAAACUUUAGUUGCUUGAAACGUAGCGUCAUGGUCUAGAGUUUACCUUGAGUCUUCAUGGACUUUAAUAUUAUGACAAUAUUAGCCUUUUAAUUUAGAGCACACAAAACAUAAUUAGUUGCAGAAGUGUGGAGUUUGAAAGAGUUAUUUUUCCACAUCGUGACAAAGAUGCUGCAGCUCCCAAUAUAUAUUGAAUGUAUGUAAAUUAGAUUAUUAGUCAGUCAUGAUCACUAUCAGGAAGUUAAGAUGCCAAGGCUGUGGCUUUCGGCACCACUGAAUGUAUUAAUCAAAGUAUAUACAGGGGUUGGACAAUGAAAAUGAAACCCCUGUCAUUUUAGUGUGGGAGGUUUCAUGGCUAAAUUGGAGCAGCCUGUUGGCCAAUCUUCAUUAAUUGCACAUUGCACCAGUAAGAGCAGAGUGUGAAGGUUCAGUUAGCAGGGUAAGAGCACAGUUUGGCUCUAAAUAUUGCAAUGCACACAACAUUAUGGGUGACAUACCAGAGUUCAAAAGAGGACAAAUUGUUGGUGCACGUCUUGCUGGUGCAUCUGUGAGACAAUAAAUUAUUGUAGACCAAUAAUUUGGUGUUUCAGUUUCAUUGUCCAAAACCUGUAUAAUAUAUUCUAUAUAUAUUUAUUUAUUUUAUUUUUAACACUGUAUGUACCUUGUAUAUAUUUUGUCUCUGUGUUUGCAUCAGAAAACAAAAAAUGACUUUUUUUAUUUGGUUUAAGAUGACUGUAUUCUGCCCCAGAAAUAAUAGUAUCAGCUCUGUGAAAACUCUGUGUUUUUCACUGAAUUCACAGAUAUUACUUCUUUAAAAAGGUAAUUAGGGUUAUUAGACUGUUGAAAAUCUUCCUCCUUUACAUGAUACUACCAUUCACCAAAUGUUUAUUUUUAUUAUUUUUGGUUGUUUGUUGGACUAAAUUCCAAACAUUCUUUGGCUAACAUUGUGCUUUCUGAAAAAAGGAUGAUGUGUUUUCUAUUCAUGUUCUUUCCCCAAAUCAGCCAUUUAAAUAGCUGCUUAUACAGCAGUUUCUGUUAACUAGCCGACUAAUGUUUACUGCUGUCACUGUUAGCUGGAUAAUUGAGUUAGCUGGAAGACUUUAGAAACAUCAGAUUUGAGAAACUCUCAUUGGUUUGAGCUCUUAAUGAGUGCACUGACAAUACAACUACAAACGCUGCAUAAAACUCUUCAUAAGUAUCUCUAUUGAGACUCUCUCUAUUCACCUCACACAGUACAAGGAUGAAUUAUUUGGGGUUUGCCUGUUUCAUUAAAAUUUGUUGUGCAUUACAGGGCUGUAAAAAACACAACAAAAAUGCCAUUGGUGGAUCGUGUAAAAAAAAAAAACCUCAGAGAAAGCAUUGUGGGUGAAGGACUUUGUGUUUUAUAACAGAGAAAAAUCACACCACAGCGACUCUUACACAAGAUUGCACUGGAAGUGUUUCCAAAGGCUUGCAUUAUUCAUUGGCUGAUUGUGUAGCACUUGCUUGCCAUGUCGAGAGAAAUUUACCCAGCCUAAUAAUUAUUUGCCGGGUCAUAUUUAAGGAUCAGAGUUUAAUUGCAGGAAGGCUGCUGGCAGACCUUGCACGGCUUUCGCUGCUGUGGCUCCCUUGAAUAUGAGGCACUUGAGCUUCAGCUAACACAAUUGCUUAUCUGGGUGUGCUUUGUUGUUUGCCUUUCUCUCAGGUGCUUGUUAUGAGUUCUUGCUGUUUUUCGUGGCAAUUUUAGAAUAGCUCAUGGUGAUUGAAUUUUAUUGGAAAACACAGAGAAUAUUAGUUCAAUAAUGUUUGAUUGUGUAGUUGAUGUUGUUAAUUUGCACUUUUUCUGUUGAAGGACGACCUGCUGCCUGAUGUCUAUGUGCCGUAUCGGUAGACUCAUUUCCAUCGACUCAGUAAAACAACAGGAAACUUGGGUUGUUUCAGUGUCACAGGUUGUCAAUAUCUGAGAAGACAUGAUAUGUUGCUACUAUGGUGAAAUAAAAAAAACAGA